GACCCGGGAAAAGUCACGCCUGACUGCCAAGGCGCCGGAGCGCGCCGAUUGAGCCUGAGAGCGUCAGCCCAUUUCCAUAUCCCCCCCAGGGGCUUAUAUGCGUGGCUGAGAGCGAAGCAGAGCGACUCGGCGCGACACCUCGGACACCUUACGACUAGCAAGAACGAAGUCGUCCGUCUCGGUCCGGCUCGUGUGUUUUUUCGCCCAAACUCUGCGCAAACAGGCUUGAGAACAAGAAAAGGGAAGGAAAUUCAAAGAGAAGCGUGAUGCCAUCCAACAAGUACUCCUCCGCUAUCAUGGCGGAAAGUGACAAGAUGACAGCCACGGCUGCUGUGAAUGGGGACACGUCUGCAGUAGAAGGGUUAUCAGAGAAUAACAGUGGCCUGGAAAUGACCAAUGAGAAUAGCCCUCUGACUGGGGCAGAGCCUCCCUCACCUUUCAGCCCCAAACAGAACGGGGGUGCAGCAUCACCUGCAGAUGAGAGUGUGAACAGUCUGAGGAGGAAGAGGUCUCGGAAGCGUUCUGAUUCAGAGUAUGACAGCGUGUGGGACUCCUGCAGCGAGGAAAAGGCUGAUCUGGGCUCAGAUUGCGGCUCGGGACUCAGACAGACACCCCGUCCCAGGACCAUUUUCCAGGCAGGACUAACAGCUCACGCUAAACGGCGUAACAGAGAGAGGGGCCGUGGCAAGCAGGAGCCCACCAGCUUGGUCUCUUCUCUACCUGAAGGUCCCAGGCUGGAGCUGAUGGAGCAGGACUCUAAAGACUCAGCUCAAAGUAGCGCCACAUCCACCUCCAUGGCCAGCCAGCCUGAGUACAAUGACAAUAAGGGAUUUGGAAUAGGGGAGCUGGUGUGGGGUAAAAUUAAAGGCUUCUCCUGGUGGCCCGGGAUGGUGGUGCCCUGGAGAGCCACGGGGAAGAGGCAGGCGUCCCACGGCAUGCGCUGGCUUCAGUGGUUUGGGGACGGCAAGUUCUCAGAGGUUUCUGCGGACAAGCUGGAUUCCAUCACUGCCUUCUCCAAGUUUUUUAACCAGUCUUCCUACACCAAGCUGGCAUCAUACCGAAGAGCCAUAUUCCAGGCCCUGGAGAUGGCCAGUAUACGUGCAGAAAAGACAUUUCCUCCAUGUGAAUCUGAUAAUCCAGAGGACCAGGUGAAGCCCAUGCUGGACUGGGCUCACAGUGGCUUCCUGCCCAAGGGCAAGGAGGGCCUGAAACCUAGAGAGAACUCUGCUGAGUGCUGCUUGUUCCCGGCAGCUCCGGAGAGUGGGACGCUGCAGGCUCAGCUGCUGGAGUCCAAUCCACCAGAACUUGCGCCAUCCGCCAAGAGAGCCCGUCUCAGCCUCUGCAAGGCCAAGACCUCCAACGAGGACAUCUACAGCAGAGAACAAAUGGUUCAUGAAGUCUUGAAGAAUCACAGAAGUAUAGAAGAGUUCUGCCUGUCCUGCGGGAAGACGAGAGCAGCAACCUUCCACCCGCUGUUUGAAGGAGGCCUUUGCCAAGCGUGCAAGGAUAUAUAUCUAGAGAUCUCCUACAUGUACGAUGAUGAUGGAUACCAGUCGUAUUGCACGGUGUGCUGUGGAGGCCGAGAGGUGUUGCUGUGUGGGAACGCCAACUGCUGCAGGUGUUUCUGUGUGGACUGUCUGGACCUGCUGGUGGGCGCUGGAGCAUCAAACAGUGCGCGGGAUUUGGACCCGUGGCUGUGUUACAUGUGCCAGCCGCCGCAGCAGUACGGAGUGCUGAAGAGACGGCAUGACUGGAGCCUCAAACUGCAGGAGUUCUUCGUCAACGACAACGGACAGGAGUUUGAAAGCCCAAAAAUUUACCCAGCAGUCCCAGCAGAGCAAAGACGUCCAAUUAGAGUUCUCUCUCUGUUCGACGGCAUCGCCACAGGUUAUCUGGUGCUGAAGGACUUGGGCUUUAAGGUGGACAUGUACAUCGCCUCAGAAGUGUGUGAGGACUCUAUAUCUGUGGGGGUUGUCCGACAUGAAGGAAGAAUCAAAUAUGUGCACGAUGUUCGUAACAUCACCCGGAAAAAUAUUGCUGAGUGGGGACCGUUUGACUUGGUGAUUGGUGGAAGCCCCUGUAAUGAUCUCUCAAUAGUUAACCCAGCCAGGAAAGGCCUUUAUGAGGGGACUGGCCGCCUGUUCUUCGAGUUCUAUCGUCUGCUGAGCGAAGCAAAGCCAAAGGAAGGAGAAGACCGGCCCUUCUUCUGGAUGUUCGAGAAUGUGGUUGCAAUGGGCGUCAAUGAUAAACGAGACAUCUCCCGCUUCCUUGAGUGUAAUCCAGUGAUGAUAGACGCCAUUGAAGUGUCAGCUGCUCACAGAGCAAGAUACUUCUGGGGCAACCUGCCAGGAAUGAAUAGGCCUCUCUGUGCCUCCGGGAUGGAUAAGCUUGAGCUGCAGGACUGUUUGGAGCAUGGCCGCGUUGCCAAGUUUGGAAAGGUGCGUACCAUCACAACCCGCUCCAACUCCAUCAAGCAGGGUAAGGACCAGCACUUCCCCGUCAUCAUGAACGGCAAAGAGGACAUCCUGUGGUGUACAGAGCUGGAGAGGAUUUUCGGGUUUCCGGUGCAUUACACAGACGUGUCCAACAUGGGCCGUGGUGCCCGGCAGAAGCUGCUGGGUCGCGCCUGGAGUGUGCCAGUGAUCCGGCACCUGUUCGCCCCACUGAAGGACUACUUCGCCUGCGAAUAACUGCCCGGAAAAAAGAAAUCCCCAUCCACUGAGCCCAAUGUCACACUGCUUUCACAUCACAAAACGGGGCACUGAACGGCCUCACAAAAUACUGAGGAGCAUGUGAGGCUCCGUCGCCGUUUCAUUUCCAGAGAGAGGAUAACUUUAAAGCAGCCCAAGUAAGCUUUUGUCCAGCAGGCGGUGCUGUAGCUGUGAGCCAAUGAGCCUUGCGUUUUAUUUUCAAAAGCCCUGCUGAAGGGAAGACAAGGAUGCCAUUUUCUGACCAUGAAGCAAAUUCAAGCUGGUAAAGUGCUACACAUUAGUACUUCAUUUUCAGGGAGCUAAUUCUCAUGGUGGUGCCUUUUCUACCUUUUUAUGGACAAAAAGUCUGUUGGACAGGUUUGAAGAUCUCAUCUCAGUGGACAAAGCUGACAUUCUGGCAAAUAAGCUAAUAUUUCACUUGACGGUCGUGCACUGAGGAUUAUAGGGCAUUGUAUAAGUUAUAUACCAGAGUGUUUUUUUCCCCCAAAAGUUUCAGAGUAAGCAGACACUGAAUAUCAAAUACACUGGUAUCUAAAAAUUAUAUUAGUAUAUUUCUGCAAGGACAUCUCUCUUUGUUUGCGGUCCGUUUUCCAGAAUGGACAUUCAGUUCCUCUGACUUACUGUCACUGUCGAGAGACUGCUUUAAUAUUUUGAAUAGAAAAAAACAUUUUAAAGUACCGUAACCUUUUUUGUUUCAAAUAAAACAAGUGAAAUGUCAGAAAUUCGCCAAAAUGUCAGAGAUGUCCAUUUAAAACUAGUGGAUUUCUGCAUGGGACUAAAAAAAGGAGUCAGUCAUGCCAAAGAUCACAAAGAUCAGACGACAUUGACUUUGAGUUUUAAUUUCAGCUUUGUGGUUUCUACACUCUUCAAUCUAGUUUUCUAGAUUUUGUUUUAGGUUUUGUUUUCAAUAGUAACAUCAAUGCUGCCAGGGCGAGGCGGCUUUUAGAGAUACAGUGUCAUCCACAUUUUCUCUCGUUGUCUUUUAGCUCAGUGGACCAUUGAUGGGAUGCUGUUUCAUGUGUGAUGAGAAGGGACUCUUUUGUGUCUUUUGACAAGCAUUCGUGUUCUCUUCCUUGUACUGUAGGUUUAAUCUCAAGGAAAUACUUGAAAAGAAUGAGUCAGUGCAAAAACUAAGCUGUGAGCCCACAAAAAAUACUUUUACAAAGACGUUUUAACAGAAUCCAUGCUGUAGGAAAGCUAAAUGGUUUUACUCUGUACAGUUUUAUUCCAGUUGGUUGACCUAAGGUGCUGAUUUAGUUAGACUUUUAAAAUAGUAAGAAUAGUAAGAAAAAUAUAUGUAAAGGAACUGCAAAAAAUACGGCAAAAAAAUGGCAGUCAUGGGCAAAAAUUUAAAUACUGACCACCAAAUUACAUAUGGUGUCCAAUUUUUUGUUUAAGUUAACACACCCUCUACAAGAAACCAGCUUUAAAUAUCACGUUUAUCUGGCAAUAUUUAGUGCACACUUUCUAUUUAUUUGCUGAGUUUGGAUUUAGUUUUAGUAAUUUUUUUUUUUUUAAAUUCAACAAAAAAUCUAAAAUGUUCCACAGGCUUUGCACAAGCCACAUGUUGUUGUGUUUUUUUAGGAAUAUGUUAAAUUCAACAAAUAAACAGAAAUUGUGCAUUAAAUUGAUGAGAACAGUGUUCUUUAUAGAGGAUGUGUAAUUUUCAAAACAUUAAUUUGACCAGCAGGACACAAAUAUUGGCACAUAAAUCUAGCAUGUAUGUGU